AUGCAGAGACUCCUCUCAUCAAGCCUCCUCUCCAAGCGAUUCACAAACAGUUGCACUUCUUCACUUCUCCAUUCUCAACCUCACAAUUAUUUCGCUUCUCUCCCCAACCCGAAAAACUUCCUUCUUCAGUCUCAUCCUUUUCUUUCCUCUUCUGGUAAAUGCCCAAUUCGUCGUUCCCAUUCUGAUCACCCACAUCUCAAUGUUAAGGGCAGUAUUUUUCCCUGGUUCCGUCCCAAUCCCUCUCUUUCCAAGCAGUUCUCGUCAAAUUCGCGCAAUGCCCACUUCAGGGAAGCCAGCGGAAGUCUCGUUCGACGUAAAGCUGGGGUUCUGGAGGCUCGUUUCGCUAGGGGAUACCGUGGAUUUGACAGGGGUUCACGCUCUUCCGGUCGUGACUGGAGAUUAUGGUUUCAGCAGCUAACACCUAACGACAUGGUUUUGGGCCUGAUUAUUGCCAAUGCUGCUGUUUUCAUGUUGUGGCAGAUUGCAGACCGGAGAUUUAUGGUGGAAAACUUUAUGAUUUCAUUGGACAAUUUCAGAAGUGGCCGCAUUCACACAUUGAUUACAUCUGCAUUCAGCCAUAUGGAUAUCGAACACCUUGUUUCAAACAUGAUUGGGCUUUACUUCUUUGGGGUGAAUAUUGCUGAAAAUUUUGGACCAAAAUAUUUGUUGAAGUUGUAUCUCUGCGGAGCAGUUGGAGGCUCGGUGUUAUACUUGUUGCACCACUACUUGAUGGCUCUAUCAUCAAAGGAACAAGGAAUCUGGAAGAGAGACCCCUCAAGGACUCCUGGACUGGGAGCCAGUGGGGCUGUGAAUGCCAUCAUGCUGCUUGAAAUUUUCUUGAAUCCAAGGGCUACCAUUAUGUUUGACUUCAUCAUCCCAGUUCCAGCCAUGUUACUGGGUGUCUUUUUGAUCGGGAAAGAUGUGUGGAGAAUAGUACAGGGAGAUAGCAAUAUCUCAGGAUCAGCGCACUUGGGUGGUGCUGCAGUUGCAGGUCUAGCAUGGUAUCAAAUUAGGAGAGGACGUUUCUGA